AUGUCCGACGCGUGCGGGCUGGUGCGUCUCCUGAGACCCGCGCCUCAGACAGACCACUCGAGCCUCCCUCCCGAACUCUGGAUUGAUAUCUUCCGAUAUGCAACGUACGUCCCGCGCAUCCGAGGUCUCAGCCCCGGAGAUCCGUUCGAACCGCAACGUCCCUCCAAUUAUGCAUGGGGAGUGAACACCCCUGUCUCGUCACUCGCGACAAAGCGCAACGUUGUCCUCGUCUGCCGGGCCUGGUACUGCCUCGCCACGGAGCUUUUGUACGAACAUGUUGUCAUCAGCAGCCGCAGGCGCGCCUUUCUGCUCCUCCGGACACUUCACCACAGCGAUCGCAUGGUCCGAAGGAUGCAGGCGCGCGGCGAGAUCACCGAGGGCCUCGCACGAUGGGUCCGACAUGUUGAGAUUCACGACUGUGCCCGCACGUCGAAGUCGCUUCAUUUCUGGUCAGCAGUCGCAGCCAUCCUCUCACUCUUGCCAAACCUACACGUGCUCAGCGGUAUUUGGGAGCGACCGCUGGCCAAGAACCUCCUCGAGGUGUUCUCGAGGUACCUCACGAGUUCCAUUCAGGGUCUGUAUUGGGACGAAGGCCUCAUUCCAGAGGGCGAGCCCUCUCUGUUGUCUUCGGCGUUCCUUCCGAAGUACCAAUCACUUCGUGUGCUCGACAUCAGGAAGCUGAGACUCGAGGAUCCGGACACCUUCCCGGCAGACACUGCAUCUAGCAUCUCGCUACCCUCGGUCGUAGACCUGCUCCUGCCAACAUGCCCAGCCGUGCUCGGGUUCGCACGCAAGCUCGAGCUGCCACGUCUCCGCAGACUCGUUCUGGACGCAGCGAAUCUACGCCGUAAUAGCUCCUCGUACGUCAGCUCUUCGCUGAACAAGCUCCUUGCGGCGCAUGGGCCGAAGAUCACUACCCUCGAGCUGCUCCCGAUGACAUCUCUUUCAUACCAAGCCUCCCCAAUUAGCAUCACCACGUUCCUGCAGCCCGACGUCUGCCCCAUGCUCGAGACGUUCGUCUUCGACUGCCGCGAGAAGCUACUCAACGCACGCUCCCCACCACCGUCAUCCCCCGAGCUACACACGCCCAACCGCACUCUCCGCCGCAUCGGCAUCCGCGGGAUGGGCAUCUCGCGCCUGUACCCGAACCGGCCGAGCCACGCGCAAGAGCACUUACACUCGCUCCUGCGGCACCGCGCGCUCUUCCCCGUGCUCGAGACCGUGCGCACGGUCGGCUUCCUCGUCGACGCGUGCACGGAUCAGUUCGCACGCGACAUCUUCAUCUGGUGGACGGAGAAGUUCGAGGAGCAGGGGCUCGACAUGCAGGACGGCGAGGGCGUCGUGUGGCUAUACACCGAUCCUGCGGACGGUAAGCAGGAGAUCGUUGCGCAGGACGAGAUUGUCGCAGAGGAUCACGCGAGCCUGGUGCACAAGAGCGAUGCGGAGGAGGUAAAGUCCGCGAAGGCGUGA